AUGUUUGGAGUUUACAUUGAGAGUAACAAUGUUAGUAGCAAGGGUGGGAUGUACAAAGUUGGUAAAGUGUGGAAAAAUCCGAGUUUGCUACUUACUGGUGGUAGUACCAGUCAAUCAUUUACUCAGUCUGAUGUUGGAACAUCCUAUUUAACUGGUUCACAGAAACAAUGCUUUGAUGUUCUUUAUCUACAGGACUCGAUUUUACAGUUGGAGAGUCAACCAAACGAAGACAACAUGAUAAAGCUAAAGGAAAGCAACCUCAGGGUUCUAAGCGAUUUCGAGGCAAUGAAACAAAUUGAUAACAGAGUUUUAAUAACAGAGGAGGGUGAAGAUUAUAGUGAUCAGAGUUAUGAUGUGAGUAGUGAAGAUGGUGAUUCAUUUGAAGUAUUAUCUGAUAACCCUGAGGUACAAACAUCGAAUCCAAGUCCUAUCACAGAUGAACAAAGGUCUAGGAUUUUGACUAUGGCUGAUAUAUUUCGGAACAUGUUUGAGGGUGGUUCAUCAUCAUCUACUACACCUCUGCAAACACCAAAGAGUACAGAGUAUUUAGAUGAGGGUGAUCCUACUUGCAUAUGUGAGUACUGUGGUGCGAAAAUGUGGUAUGGUGAACGUAUUGAAAAGAAGAGAAAGUCCAAGAAACCAAAAUUUUCUUUGUGUUGUGGACUAGGUCAAGUUCAGUUGCCAUUACUAAAGGAAUCACCAGAGAUCUUGAAAAGAUUGCUACAUGGUGAUGAUGAUAUCAGCAGCUAUUUUCGAGAAAAUAUCAGGCAACUUAAUAUGGUUUUCUCUUUUACAUCUCUUGGGGGUAAAGUUGAUAGAUGUGUUCCUCAAGGACGAGGACCAAAAAUGUUUCAACUUCAAGGAGAAAACUAUCAUUUGAUGGGCAGUUUAAAGCCACAAGCUGGAGAAGAGCCCAAGUUUUCUCAACUCUACAUUGUUGACACAGAAAUCGAAAUUGAUAAAAGAGCUUCCAUUAUAGGGAAAUACAAGAAAAAGGCUGAUAAAGCUAAAAAAGAGAGUCUGAGAAAGAAAGUCAUUGAGAUGAUAGUUCAGAUGCUAAACCAAGUUAACCCAUAUGUACAUCAGUUUCGUUCAGCAAGAGAUCGAUUCAAUACCAACUCUGGUGCUACAUUUCAUAUGAGGAUUGUUAGCUCUCGAGAAAAAGAUGGAAGGACAUAUGAUACUCCUACUGCAUCUGAAGUUGCUGCACUAAUUCCUGGGGAUUUCAAUUUGGAAAUGGAUAAAAGAGAUAUUGUUCUACAAGAGAAGCAAACAGGAUGGCUUAAACGGAUAAGUGAAAUACAUCCUUCCUACCUAGCACUACAGUAUCCUCUUAUCUUUGCAUAUGGCGAAGAUGGGUUCAGGCUUGGGAUUGAAAAAAGAGCUACAGAAGCUACUGCUAAACUGAAGAGGAAAAAUAUCAGUAUGAGACAGUGGUAUGCAUAUCGGAUUAUGGAAAGAGAUGGGGAAUCUCAUACACUUCUACACUCUAAAAGGCUAUUCCAACAGUUUCUGGUAGAUGGUUAUACAACCAUAGAAGCAAAUCGGUUGUCCUAUUUGAGGAUGAACCAGAAAAGCCUUAGAUCAGACAGCUAUGCUUCUAUUCAGCAGUCUGAAAACAAUGGGGAUAACGAUAUGCACGAGCAAGGAAGCCGCUUUUUGUUACCAGCCACAUUUGUUGGAGGACCAAGAUACAUGAAGAAUUUGUAUUUGGAUGCAAUGGCCAUAUGCAAAUACUAUGGAUUUCCAGAUCUUUUUAUAACUUUCACAUGCAACCCUAAAUGGCCUGAAAUCACUAGGUAUGUUCAACCACGCAAGCUCACUCCUGACAACAGACCAGAAAUCCUUUGCAGGAUUUUUAAGGUUAAACUAGAUCGGCUAAUGAGCGAUUUAACUGAAAAAAAUCUACUUGGAAAGACUGUCGCAUCGAUGUACACAGUUGAAUUUCAGAAACGUGGUCUGCCUCAUGCUCAUAUUCUGCUGUUCAUGCAUCCUAAAUAUAAAUUUCCUAAAACAGAAGACAUUGACAAGAUCAUCUCAGCAGAAAUACCAGAUAAGGAUAAGGAACCAGAGCUGUUUGAUGUGGUGAAGGAUAUGAUGAUUCAUGGUCCUUGUGGGGCAGUUAACAUGAACUCGCCAUGCAUGGAGAAUGGUAAAUGUUCAAAGCUCUAUCCUAAAGAUUUUGUGGACAAAACUUCUGUGAACAGAGAAG